GCACGGUACCGACGGGCGUUGUUUACUGCAUGACAAAGCACGCAGUCAUCUCGCUGGCCGACGGACUGCGCAGGGAAUGCGGCGACAAGGGUGUGUACGUCGCCACCGUGGAGCCCACUGCAUACAGGACGCGGAUCCUCUCCGACGUCGGUUCUAUGGAGGCCACCCGUCAGCAGCUGAGCCUUCUGCCUCGCGAGUCGCUCGAAGACUUCACCGAGCAGGAAGUCGCCGACUGGAUGAAGACAGCGGCGACAAUCGCAGAUCUGACGAGACGCGACGACAUAAAUGAAGUUGUUGAUCAGAUGGUGCUCGCCGUCAGGGAGAAAGAACCUAAGCCUAACUACGCCGCCUGGGGUCUGUGGGAGCCGGUCUUUUACUUAGUCUGUCGGGAAGCACCAGCCGAACUCAUUGACUUCCUGCUGGUUGCCUUUCGCAAGGCAACUAGAGCUGGUUUGUUCGAUGGAACUUGGAGGUUCUCCCGCAUUUGGACGUAGUGGAAAUUACUAAUGGUUCCCGAUCAACGAGGAAAAGCAGAUCUCUUCACUCUAGUGACUCUUGUAUUCUAACAAUUCAACGACUGCCAACAAGAAGUGUCGGCCUACAAACUCCUGGAUAAGUUCAGCGGCGCCAUUGUGUUCUCUUGAAUGCAGUGUGUCAAUACAUGGUCAGCAUACCGGGAAACUAAGGGCCCUGUAAACAGCCCAAGGAACUCUGCCCCCGCGUCUACUGCGAAUGCUCGCCACAUGCUGUGGCCGUUUCCGGGGACACAG